AUGGAACUACCUGACGUGAAUUAUCUCCAACUUAUAAUGUUAUUUAUGACUUUUACUAUUCUCAUAUUGGGUAGUAUGAUUAACUAUUUUGAAAAUUAUAUACCAGUUUUUGUUUCGCAAACGUUUCGUUACGGGAAAUUCGCAUACAGAGGAAAACCGUCAAAAUUAAAAGUAAUUGAAGUACCCAAAAGCUGGUUUAAACAUUUCUACGUUUUUGCUAGCGUAUACUGCGUAUGUGCAUUAUAUUUUGCAAUUGACGUUUAUCUAUAUGACGCUACACCGCCAAAAUGGUUACUUUCUUAUUUAGAUUUUUUGUGUGGAUCUACACGCAGCACAGAUUGUGACAUGAAUGCAAUCAUAAUUGCACUCACACUUUUGACACUACAGUCAUUUCGUAGAUUUUAUGAAACAUGGUUUUUAAGUGUUUUUUCCAAGGGUAAUAUUAAUCUUUCACAAUAUUUGAUUGGUUAUAUUCAUUAUUGGGCCACAGUUACAAUUAUUUUAGGAGAAGCAUCUGGAUUUAAAGAAGGUAGCUUAAUUACACAAACAUCUUUGAACCCAAUACAAGGAUUUGGAAUUGUAUUGUUUUGCUUUGGUUGGAUCAAUCAGUAUAAAUCGGCUAGGAUAUUAUCUUAUCUCAGAAGAAAUUUUACUGGGAAUGUUGUUACAACAGAACACAAAAUUCCAAGAGGUGGAUUAUUCGAAUAUAUUUCAUCUCCGCAUUUAACAUGUGAAGUUUUAAUGUAUUUAUCCAUAUAUCUCAUCUUAUAUAAAAAUCAAACAUUUAAAUAUGUUUUCUUUUGGGUUUUGAGUAAUCAAGUUGAAACAUCAUUGUUAAAUCAUUGGUGGUAUCAAAAAACAUUUAAAAAUUAUCCGAAAACCAGAAAAGCAUUUCUACCAUUUGUACUUUAA